AUGGGGCGAUCUCUACGAGCAGCGCUGCUGCUGCACCUACAGCACUCGGCUCUAAGCUAUCAGCUUUGUGACCAGGGAAGCGAGAGCGACGAAAACGAUGACGAUAUGUUCUACUGCGCGAUAGUCUCCCACCGCUACCUGGGUCGUCCAGACGUCGUAAAAACUGGGAAAUGGAGCCCUGAACGGAUUUUUCUGCUUGAUGCCGUUCGUGCUCGCCGCGACCUACGCAUGAGCAGACAGACCUUCGUGUUUUUGCUGGGACGCAUCGAGGCCCACACUGCCUUCGCUCGAGUACCCGGCAAGCAGCAACAAGCUCCUGUCCAACUUCAGCUGGUGGUUUUUCUCUUCGCGCUGCAGGACUUGACGAUUUAUCGCAUUGCGCAGCAUUUUGGCAUUGGGGAAGGUAAGCUCACAGCUACAGACGUCUUAGUGGCAUUGCUAGCUAUUCUAUUACGGUGGUGUGUCCAAAAGGUUCUGUUUAUAAAUUCAGGGACCGAGUGA